AUGGCAGAGGAUGAGCCCUCAUACAUAGACUAUGAAGCCUUUUUAGAUCCGGACUUCUCGCCUGCGUCUUUCGCCAACUCUUUGGUGCUGGCAACAAACAAUGCCACGGAUACACCACUGGAUCUAUCCACCCCUUUAUCAAGGGUGCUGUUUGAUCUCCAGGAAAUUGAUACUCACAUCCACAAUGUGACGACCAAGUCGGCUCUGCCUUUGCUCACGCACACCCGGGAUCAAACCGCUGCUGCAGAGCGGAUUCUCAAGGAGACCGAGCAGCAGAUCUCUUCUGUAACGAAAGGUUAUGAGCGAUUGGAGCAAGAGGUUCUGCGAAAAUGGGAGAAUGCAGACGAGGCCAGAGUGGCAGCAGAAAAUUCUCUGGCGACGGUGCGAUUGGCAAGAGCCGUCGCACGUUGUCUUGCUCUAGGCCGACAACUGGAGGGCCAACUUGCCGAGGUGACCGGUCGCAACGGUACUGCGACGGCUGCCACACAGGGAUUGGAUAAUGCAGGCUCUCCUAUCCCUGGUAGAGAGGAUUAUCGAGCAUUGGAGAGGGCGGCAUCUACCAUUGUGAAUCUGCGUCGGAUGUUCUCCGCCACAGCGGCGGGGGAAGAGGGUUAUGGGCUAGAUCGUGUCAGAGUCAUUCGGACUUUGAGGGGUGAGUUGGUUAUCCCGGCGGAGAACAUGAUCAAGGCGCGCGCGCAGCAGACCAUCAAUCGCUUCUCCAUGUCAUCCAUCGCGGCAGGCUCCCAUUCUCAGGCGGGUUAUCGCCAGGCCCGAGACGCGCGAGCCCGGUUGGUAUCCGCUGUCAUCACUUUGUACAUUCUAUCACCAGUACCCAAGUCCCUGAGCUCUCCAGCUGAGUUCAAUCCCGAGCUCUUGCUUUCCACCUUGCAAGGAUAUAUGCACACGGCCAUCGUCACAUCUCUCAACAGCCUUUCUCGGUCACUCUCAAUGCUUCCGAGUCUGGAGCGGACGUUGAAUGAGCUCUCGGGAAGAUGCCAAGAUAUCUUCGCUCUGGAGGCCAUCCUCAGCAAUCUCCGCCCACCAGCGCACCCAUUGCUUCCCGUCUUAGGACCUAGCACCAACAACGGUAGCAUGCAGGACCGAGCAUCCGAAAUCACCUCGAAGAAUAACCUUCUGCAGCCCUUACUUAACGCCCUUGACACUUCUUCCCUCCCGUCUUAUUUUUGGCGAUCGUUAGCUUCAUCCCUGGCGCCUCGGGUACAGGAGAUCCUCAAUCGGGGCGGUGUCUCAGCACGAACGUUACGUUCAAACCGAGACCGGCUAAAGAGAGAUAUUAGAGAGUGUGUUCUGCGAGGCUCCCAUCUCCCUGCGGCGACCUCGGUGACGGAGAAGCGGACCGGAGCCGAGGCUGGGAACUGGGAGAGAGAAGCAGCAGUGAUGGUUGGUUCUGUCAUGAACGCACUGGACAGAUAG